UCUCAUCGAACUGACUGGAGGUUAUAAGUAUGAUCCCUAUUUUCGUUAUCAAGGUUGUUUACCAUUCCUAUGGGAUUGAUUCAUUAGAGUCUAUAGUUUUCAAUGAUGUUUAGAAAUUUGAAAUAUGUAGUUGAUUCUAUUGUUUUUGGUGACUAACUGUGGAAAUAUGUCCCCUGCAAAUGCGAAAAUUGAAAACAGUUCAUGCUGCAUGGUUCCUAAAACAGGCAUUAAUGAGAGGUUUUCCACUUUAUUCAAGAGAAAAAAUAGAGAGGCGAUAUGGCCUAUUUCCAUAGUAACAAGUCCAAGAGUCCCAGUGUUUUGGAGCAGUUGUUAGAGGAGAUCAAUUUCCAAAGGACCAAGGAAAUGAGGCAGCUACUCAAAGAUGAUUCUGGGUUUGUCAUGCUACAGGGAACCACCUACUGGACAGAUCUCUUCGUCAGGCAUUUUCUUUUCCAAAACGAAGCCACAAUAGAUUGCGACGACCUCUUGUUCUUCGUGAGGAAGAAACACGUUAAGGGCUCGCCUAGGUACCUGCCAAAAUUUGAGACUGAAGUGGAUGUUUUUCGAAAAGACAGCAGGAAACUGCCCAUCGGAGAUCCGGAUAUAGACUGGGAAGAGACUGUUUACCUCAAUUUGAUCAUACACCAGUUUGAGUAUACUUUAACUCUGGCCAUUUGUACGAGGACCAGUCCGAAAGAGCUGCAGGUUUUGAAGAGACAUUCUCAAAAGGUCUACGCUUCACCCUCACGCAGAAGGAUGGACACGAAGGGAGAAGUAGAAGAAAUGACGUAUCCUCACAUUUGCUUUAUGGUAGACAACUUCGACGAGGUUUUCCACGACAUCCUGGUCAGAGAUGGAGAGAUGGUUUGCGUGGAACUGGUCGCUGCAGACAGAACUGGUGCCGUGCAAGGGGUCAUCUUUUUGGGUUCGAUAAGAUACGACGCUCUCAAAAAGGUUUACGAUGCUAGGCAAUCCAGCCUCAGCACGAAAAUGGCGCAACGAAUGACGUUCGGGCUGUUCUCCAACGCCAACUCGCAACGAUGCGAGUUCGUCAGGAUGAAGGGACCUCAGGGAAAGGGCCACGCCGAGAUGGCCGUCACCAAGCCGAAGGGAUCGGGGGUGGAGACGCCCACCUCCGAGCCGGGUUUUUGCGCCACCGACAUGUGGGACUCGGACUGGGAAGACGAUCCCGAGGAUUUUUUCGUGUACAGAAACCAGAGGCGUCUCAGCGAUCCAAGUGCCAACAUAAACAAUUUCGCGAGGGGUGGUUGGAAGUCCAAGGUGGACGCCAAGUGCAGAUCGGAGCAAGAAGGCCUGGACACCAUCAAUAACGGAGUGAGCGAGAUCGAAGCCGGAGAUCUGAGAGACGAUAAAUCUGGUCCUACUUCUUCAUCAAAGCCGGCUUGCUGUGGCUGUUUUCAACGCAAAAAGCGCGAUAGUCUCGUCCUGCUCGAAAUGUACAGAACCGCGUGUCAAGAGCCCUCCAGGUGUGCCGAGAGGGCGCCACUGGGUCCUCCAGAAUUUAACUGCACCUGCGAAUCCGUACCUCAGAUAACCAAGCUGAUAAACCAAUCGGAAUACGAGGUUGGUAAGGAAAAGUACGUGAAGAUGAGGAGGAAGGUGAGGAAGCCCCAAGAGAACAACACCAAAGAGUUCGAGUUCGCUGAUGAUGCCAUCAGUUUGAACAACGAAACGUUCGACGACGAUCCGCCGGUCAUCGACAAAGCCCUGACGGAGAACCCUUAUUUGAACGUCAAUGGAAAAGUGGAAUUACCGACGAUUCUAAGCGAAAGGAUUGAAAGUAAACAAACAUUGUUGAAACCUACUAACAGAAGUUCAAACAACACCGCUGAUAAGGAUGAUAAAGCUAACUCUAACGCGAGAACUGAACAUAUCCAAGACGUGGUAAACAGGCUUAAGGAGGAUAAAAAUUUGGAUCGUAACGAGAAUAAGCUCGUGUUGAAGAAGAUCUAUAGUUAUUGUACUUUACCGAAAAACAAGAAAGUACUAAACAAUACCGUUCCUAAAGCUGUGUGUAGACAGGCAGUUCCACCAAAAAGAGUAACACCUGAUGGAACUCAUAUUUAUUACUGGUGUGAUAUUCAUAAGAGGGGGCCUUCGGAGCUCGAUGAUGGUGCAUACAAUCCCCUGUGGACUAUGAGGGGAUUCACUCAAACUUUUCAUUUUUGGAAAGAGAACAAACGCGCACAAUCGGUCCCUUUAAAUGCCUUCCUCACUUAUGUCACAUUGCCAUGGUGGAGCAUUGCCAAAGACUUGCUCGACCACAGGGAAGGUCCAAUUCUAACUUUUUAGUAUUUAUUCCAAAUGAAAUUGUUGUAUUUACAUAUAUUAAAUAUUUAUAUUAUU